GGAAUAUUGUGCGACUGCACACCAGAGAACAAUCUGCUGAAUACACACGGCCUGCAAGCUGUUGCUAUAAACACUCGCUAUUGUCAGUGAGGAGAUGUUUCACAGUCGUCAAUAAGAUCCGAAACUAUCGGCCCAGAAGUAUCGAAUCUUGUUUCGCGGUGUAUUUCCAAGCGCUGAGACCCGUGUUUAAUAGAUGCCGAGACGAGUCACCGAUAACUCAAUGUGGGGGGGCACGAAUGCUGUCAGACUCGACCGCAAGAGUGACCGUGUGCAUCUAUGAUGGACUGAUAGGUACCUAUGUAGAUAGAGGGUUAAGUGUCGUGAAGAGGAACCUUGGUGCUUGUCUUGUACGUUACGUGCAGCGGUGUCGAGAUUGUUAAGGAUGAUAUCCACGCCUGGCCCAAUACACCUGCCAAACCUUCAAAACGACCGAGGAGGGAAGCGCAGCUCUUUAUACUUGACCACUAAUCCUGUAAGUGCCCCUCAGCUCAGCCUCGCCGAUGAUCAUUUAAGGCUGAUGAUGUCAAAGUACCUUCAAGCACCAUGAUUUUCCCGCACGAUAGCUCGGGAGGAUCAUUAAACCCCGCGAUAAUUGGUCGACCAUUAUAGAAAGUUUUAUGGUUAAAUUCAAUAUUUCCGAUUCGGCGAGCAAUAUCGAAUUGGUGUUGAAUUAAUAUUGAAUUAAUAUUGGAUAAAUCAAUGGAUAUGUUUCAAACCCCAACCAAACUAGUAGAUAGCACGAUUACAACCGACCUUCGUAAUCACGUUACAGGCAAAACCCUCACGUUUCCAUAAAUAUCCUUAAAUAAAAAAACAUUCCGAUCCACUAGAAAACUUUGCGUGUGAAGGGAUAUAUGAGGAAGUCGAGGUUCCUGAGCUUUGGUUGGUUACUGGAAGCGCCUACCAAUGUUGCACCGCCAAUCAUCGUAGCUGUCACAGUACAUGUUGGCGCUAACAAGGUUUCUUCCCCGCGUACGAAACAAUCGGAUGAAUCGAAUUCGUCGAAUUAUAGUGGUAAGGCAAGCCGAAAUCUAUUUCCAGAUAACGAGCACGGCCGCAGAAUGUGAUUGUCUCUGGGAUCAUUAUUUUGGGCUGCAUACAUCGGGGAUUUAUGGUGUUGUUGAAAAUUGAUUGUUGAUGUAUAUAGUUGCAGUAUCGUGCUCUUUUCUCAUGGAUUGUAACAUUUGUGCUCCUGGUGAAUUGUAUAAAAAUUCGAAUUUGUAGUAUUGCGAAGUUGUUCCCCGUCAUGUCAGAUAAACCAGUCAGUAUGGGUCUACAACUAUUUCCACCUCCACCAUCAAAAAAGAAACCUUGGAGAAGUAACAGCGAUGAACGCAAUAUUUCCACAUCCGUGCCCGAUCCUGAUCCAGCCAAUCGAUCGCAAUCACUCGACAUGUUCGUCGAUGGACGCCAGUCGCCAUUUGGUAGUCGCCAAACUCCACAAGAUAGCAGAGCAUCACCCAUGAAUGUGCCCCCUCCAGCCGUGCUGGCAUCGGGCCGUUCGAGGUCUCACACUUCUUUUUCGGAAGCACCUACGCUUGUGAGAAGCAACAGUAAUUCAUCCAAAUCUAGUCAGCACCAUCACCGAGAAGAGCCAGUAAUGAGAUCCAUUUUUCCAAGGUAUAACCCCGAAGUCCCAUUAGAAUACCAGCAGUACUAUCCGACACAGCAAAGUCCACGGCACAUUCCACAAACCGCAAUAAGUAGACAGCCAUACUCUCCAGGGAUCAACGAGGUGAGCCCUGGUAUGGGCAGUCCAAUGUCGUUAGGCCCACAAUCUCCGGGAUUGGUUGGACGAGGACUCCAAGACGAGACAUGGCCAGAACCAUCGAGCUCCGCCGAUUUGAAAGAGUUAUGGAAAGUGAGCAAUGGAUGGAAAGCAUCAGCAUCUGAAGGUCAAAAGUUCAUCAUGAAAAUGAACAGUGCGGUAGAAGAGCCUAUACACACUCUUUCCUCCGCUACCCAGCCUUUUUACACACUACGUCUUGAUCCCACUUCAACUUCAGCCCAGGUAACGAUGACAAGACAAAACCCAGCCAAGCCACCGAAAAAAUCACAAUCCCCGAGAACUGGUGUAUUUCCAAAGGGCGAUUCUCAAAUGGAAGUGUUGAUCACAACCCUUGAGGAACAUUCGCGGCGAUUGCCCCCAAACGAUGGUCUCGUAGCUCUUCUCUACCCCCAUGCAGCCUCAAGUAUGGCUGUCGAUUUGGCUGGACGUUCAAAUGUGGCAGACAGUGCUUUAGUGUUGGCAGCAGCCGAGCGCGAAUGCGGUCGAUUAUUGUGGGACGAUGAUGCAAAGAAAUUUUAUCUCAGGCAUCCUGCAGUCAACACUCCAUUUCUCAUAUCGAUAAACUCAUCGCCGGCCUGGUCCAGAGUCGAAUACACGCUCGAGCAUCCAGAACUACCACACAACCUUGUGCGUUUGGUGAGAGAUGGUAGCGGAACAGGAUUUCUAGAAAUCGAUACAGGGGUAGCGGCUAGAAUAGACGCGUUUUAUAUCGUGGAUGUAGCAAUUGCCGCUAUUAUGCUGGCUGCAAUGGAUGAGGAAAAGAGGAUGCAUAUUGAGAGGUUUGAGGCACCUCCGGCCGCACCAGUACAACCUGAUACACCAAGAUCAAAAAGGAAAUCCUUCUUGCGAGGGGAUCAGAUGGAACUGGACAUAGAAAGUCAAAAGAGUCCAAAUUUCAAGAUGGUCCCAACCAAGGAAAAGGACAAAAACAAAGAAAAGGUGCCAGGGUUUUGUGGAUUGCUCUGGAUGACGGUGAAGGCCAUUGCUUGGAUCAUGAAGAUGACAGUGAAAGCAAUAGCAGCUAUUGUAAUAGGGCUCAGCAAAUGUUUGACCAAGAAGAAAUGAUAGCGUUGGACAAAAGGGUACACAUGGCGUUUUUGGCAUUUGAUCACGACUCGGUAAUGAUUUGGGCUCGGUUA